UGGUAAAGAAUUCCUUUGGGGCUUGUGAGCUGGAAAGAGGAGAGCCUCCCGCUGCUGGACUGAAGAUAUGGAGCUGAGGAAAUGUAAAGCAGAUGAAAGACAGGAACCCUGGGACACACAGAUCAUAAGAUGCUGAAUUGUGACUAUAUCACGUAACAAAUGGUUUCUUCCUACUGAACUUCCCUUAUGAUGAUACCUUAUCAUUGCUGUGGGAGGCUCAAGAUCUUGGUUGCCUCUCUGAUGCUUGUGAUUCUUCUGUCCUGCCUUUCCCUGAGUAUAUGGAGUUUGAAACAUUGUAGGCUCUGUUUCCUGUCCAGAAGUCUUCCUCAGCGACAUCUGGAAAGAGACAUCUUGAAGGCCCGUGCCAAGGAGCUGGAGGAAGAGAACCGAUGGCUACAGCUGCAGCUCAGAAAAAUGGAGAUCAUUGAGCAGGAUGACGCCAACAUGGGACAUCAAGCCAGAGAUUCAGAGUGCACCCAUCAGCGAAUGGUAGAAAAAUGUGAGAUCAUCCAUGUUGCUUGUUUGUGUGAAGGUUACACUGCCAGUCGUGAUGUGGUCACUCUUGUCAAAUCCAUUCUUUUCUACAGGAAGAAUCCCCUUCACUUUCAUUUUUUCACUGAUGAGGUGGCCCGGGGGGUCCUUGGGACUAUCUUCCACUCAUGGAUGAUUCCUUCUGUUGAAGUCAGUUUCUAUGGCACUAAUGAUCUGAAGCUUAAUGUAUCACAGACUCCUAGCAUAAUAUAUUCCCAGAUGACAGGACUCAAAAAGCUGAUCCUAACCAAAAUGCUGCCUGUUGAACUCUCAAAAGUCAUUGUCCUUGACAUGGACAUUAUCUUCGCCAGUGAUAUUGCAGAAUUGUGGGCUAUUUUCACAAAAUUCACAAAUGAGCAGGCUAUUGGUUUGGCAAAGGAUGGGAAUGAAUGGCACCUGAGUAACAUUUCUGUGAACUCUACGGAGUGGUCACCUUCUGAACAGAGAUUUAAUACUGGAAUCACUUUGUUACUGUUGGACAGACUGAGGGAGAUUGACUGGAAGCACACAUGGAGACUGACUGCAGAGAGGGAGCAGAUUAACUUGAAAUCGUUGUUGCUGGCUGAUCAGGAAAAUUUUAAUGCUGUACUCAAGGAGAUGACAAUACUGGUUUUCCCACUCCCUUGUUCCUGGAAUGUUCAACUCUUUGGCCACAUGGAAGAGUGUUAUAUAGAAACUUCACAUCUGAAGGCAAUACGUUGGGAUUCUAUCAAAAAACUUGCAGUCAGGGACAAGCAUAUUGAGUUUUUCCAGAAAUUGUAUGUGACAUUUUUGGAGUAUGAUGGCAACCUUCUCCGGAGAGAGCUGUUUGGAUGUCCUGUGAAUCCAGAGAGAGUAGAGUUGCAGGCUAAGCUGGAGGCAUUAAGUGAAGAUGACAAGUGCUAUGAUUUUUACAGACAGCGGAUCAUUAUUCACAGAAUGCACCCGUUCUUUCUACCUUAUAGCAUCUCUACACCUUCUAACAGCAUGGAUGUGACACUUGUGGCACAUCUUUCCAUAGACAGGUUACAAAUGCUGGAAGCUCUCUGUGCACACUGGGAAGGUCCCAUAAGUCUGGCACUGUAUCUGACCGAUGCUGAAGCACAACAAUUCCUGCGUUAUACUCGAAGCUCCUUAAUUCUGAAAACCCAUAUGAAUGUUGGUUAUCACAUUGUCUACAAGGAAGGAACGUUUUAUCCCAUCAACCUUCUGAGAAAUGUGGCUCUCAUGCAUGCCAAGACACCUUUUGUCUUUUUGGCAGACAUUGAUGUCCUUCCAAUGUUUGGGUUGUACGAGUACCUCAGAAAAUACAUUGGUCUUCUCAACAUGGCUCAUGGCAAGAAAGCCCUGAUUGUUCCAGCAUUUGAAACCCUUCAGUAUCAUCUUUCAUUCCCACGAUCCAAAACUGAACUUCUUGACUUGAUGGAUGAAGGGAUACUCUAUACUUUCAGGCAUCAUGUGUGGCCCAAAGGACAAGCAGCAACUGAUUAUACCAAGUGGCGAGUAUCAGCCGCCCCAUACCAAGUGCAAUGGGAAUCUGGCUUUGAGCCUUACAUUGUAGUAAGGCGUGACUGCCCAGAAUAUGACCAGAGGUUUGCUGCUUUUGGAUGGAACAAAGCUUCCCACAUAAUGGAACUUGAUGCCCAGGAAUAUGAGAUGCUAGUGUUGCCAAAUGCCUUCAUGAUUCAUAUGCCUCACGCUCCAAGUUUUGAAAGCUCCAGGGUCGGAUCCAGCUCCAGGUACAACCAGUGCUUGAAAAAUUUACAAGAGGAAUUUCUUCAGGAUCUUUCUCGCAAGUAUGGCUCAGCAGCCCUCAAAUACCUCACAUCAGUGCAGAGCACCUGAAAGAUCUUUGAAUGAAAAACUUCAGUUUCUGAUGUAGAGAAGAAAUGUGCCCCAUGAACUGGUUCCUCAGGCACUCAAUGUACUGGAUUAAGGAACUAUACCUAUGCAGUUUGUUGAUGGUGAUUUUAACACUUGUUUAAGCCACUCUUCCAUAUUGGAUUCUGAAGGAUAACAGAUGGUGGGUUAAUUGGACAGUUUUAUAAUUUGGUUUUGUUCAAGAAACUCUUGUGAAAAUAGACAAAGUACAGGUCUAGCACCAGAGAAAGAAAAUAUCAAUACUUGCUUAUAUUUGGCAGCAUAUUCCAAACCCUUAUACACAUGCACUCUAAAAUAUUGGCUCUAGAUUACACUAGAAUAAAUGUGCUUGUUACGGCUUUACCCUUUCUGUAAACAUCAUAGAGGUUACUUUGUCCAGAUACUUGUAGACAUUUAUUUAUAGCCUUGUAGAAAGGGAC